AUGAAGCGGCACAAUGGCCGGGACCACUGUCGGCUGAGUAAGAAGCCGGGGGCACGCGAUGGUCACCUGAUGACUGCAGCAUUCUCCAUCAGCAGUCUCAACCGCAGAAUGCAAUCCCAUCUCUUCUGGAUCCCAUCACGAUUGCAACUUCUUGAAAUGGUCCCUGUCUGUAGGGACGAAAAGAAGAAAAGCGCGGAAUGGGGCGUGGAUAAACGUACCGUCGGCAAUCUUCGAUAUUGUCACCUCUUCAAUAUCCCCUUCCCGGAAGACUUCUUUCGUCCGUGA